AUGGCGCCAACAGAGAACCAGCACUUCGGCGUUAAUAUGUCCAGCUUGGAAUUUGCCCGCAGCGUAUUUGGUGACGAAGAAGACAUCGGUCGUUCUCUGACCUGUGGCUCAAUCCCCGGUGAUAUAGAGUCUGUCAUUUUGGACAGCAGUAGUCCUUGGCGCUUGAAAGAUCUGGAACUGCCACCUGAGCCGAUUAUGCCUCUCCUGAUCGAGGCGUACUUCCGCCGCUUCCACUGGUACAUUCUUCUUUUCCACGAACACUCGUUCUGGAACAACACUUACAAGGUGUACUGUCAACCGACUUGGCGGCGGCGGGAUCUAUCCGAUGUAGUCACUGUUCUAAUUGUCGCGGCCCUUGGCCUUCAGUCAGUGUUGCAGGACUGUAAUUGGCAUGGACACAAUACUUUUCGAAUUCAUUCCAUCAACCAUCGUCAAUUACUACUAGACCUGGUUAGUGAGGUGCGUCUUCAUCUGAUCGACCUCCAAGCCAACCCCCGCAUUGAGGCGGUACAGGUCAGCAUUCUGCUCUCAUGUUUUUAUAUGUUCCACAAUUCUCCAAGUCUGGCUUGGAGCACAUCAGGAAUGGCUGUAAGAGCAGCCUACGCUCUCGCGUUGCAUGCCAAAGCUCCGGUUAGUCAAGACCGGAUUGCGGCCCAAGUCCGCUACCGAUGCUGGAACCAUAUCACAGUUGGCGACGGUUUCGUUACAAUGGUCUACGGAAGACCGGCCUCCGUCGAUGCAGCAUUUGCAGACCUACAUGAGCUUGAGCAGACUGAUGAUCUUACCAUUCUUCCUGCCCUACUAAACCUUACGGGGUUUAGUGAAUGUAGCAAUAUUACCUCAAAAGUGACUUUCCAUCAGAUGAAAUUUAGGCUCUAUGAUAUUAUCCGACAGGCCUUGAAUCGCUUCCGGCUUCUCCGGCCUAGUCAGCCGAUCACAAAUGAUGAUUUGGUAGCAAUUUCACAAGCGAUAAAAGACGUAGAGGCUUCUCUAGCCCGGUGGCGUGAAGAGCUUCCUUAUCUGUACAAUUUUGAGUAUUGGAGCGAGGCGGAUCGAUGGGCGCGACUGGAGUACUCGCUGCAGGAUCGGCCUGCAGAUAUCCAAGAGCAUGCGGAAAUAAUUAUUCUCCAAGCAGCCAUGCUGCAAUUGCUAUAUGAUGGUGCAGUCAUCCUCACCCAUAGGCCUUUACUAAAAUGUCAAGCGAACACAAUGCCUUUCUCCGGCUUUAUGGUUGAUUUGAUGCAAAAAUCAUUGGAUGCUGUUAUACGUGCAGCUCUUCGUAUGUCGUCCUUUCCGGUUCACAAGUUUGAGAAGCAUUUUGUGGUUUCUAUAGUCUUGCACUACCUCUUCAUGGCAGGCGUGAUCCUGUGUAUCGUUCCCACCAGUCAGCCAUUCACCAAUACUGCCCAGGAGGCAAAAUCUGGAGUUGUGAGGAUAAUACGUGCUAGUCGAACCAUGGCCCAGCAUAACCGCAUUGCAAGACAAACUGAUAUGUUACUUACCGAGCUAUUGAAAAUAGCAGUCCAGCGAGAAACAGUGGAGGCUUUGAAUACCUCGGUGGCUGGGUAUCAGUGGAACGAGGCGGAACCCCUCUUGGAAUCAGAAAUGUGGAUGACCAAGGACGCUCAGCUCCCUUUGGAAGGUCCAAGACAAGUUUCGCAAGCCAACACUGCGCUAUAUCAACCGGAUAAAGGGUUGAUUCACUCAGAGUUUAGCAUGGAUAUACCUGAGCUACUUCAAUCUUACCAUACACUUGACAGAGGAGCAGCAAGGGACGAGCUAUCAGAUCAGAGCAUGUUACCGAGUGCGCUGUUGCCACUGGAUCCUCAUUCGGUUUUUGUUUCUGAACAGUUAGAUGAUAUAUUUGGUAGUCUGCAGUCCUCCUAUUGA